UAUUUCUUGCUUAACAAUUGCUGGCUUUAUGCCACACUGUGAUUCAGAAGCCCUGGUUCAGACUCUUUCAUGGUUCUGCCAUCUCUUGAUGCUUUGUUAGCUGCAUCCAGCUGGCAAAGGGUAAAAGUAUACUUACUUCUUUAAAAUCUUGCCUUGGAAGUGGCACACACUACUUCUGCUCACAUUUCAUUGGUGAGAAUUAGUUAACGCCCACACCUGGAUGGCAAACACUUCUUAGCUGCGAAAGGGGAGAUAUUAUGUUAGUGGCUAGCCUGCUGCUACCACUGUGAAAUAGUGUCUAGAGAUUGAGAAUUGGAUUUGGGUAUGAAUCUUCAUUCUAUAACUUACCAUCUCUGAGAUUCUUUCUUCUUUAUUGAAGCUUCAUGAGUACAGGGACUUUAUCUGUCUUGUUUUCCACUCUAGGCCUAAGUCUGGGUAUACAGCAGUGAACAAGAUACACAAAAUCCCUAUCCACAUGGGGUUUACAUGUCAACUGGACAUCUAGGUUAAAAUGUUUUUUGACAUCUGGGUUAAAAUUGAUGAAAACACUCAAAUUUCAUAUCUUGUGGAAGUCCAAAGCCCAUCCAAGAUUUCUAAAAAUUCCCGGGAGGAUGAGAUUCUCAUGAUUUCAGCUGCUUUCUAGACUCAUCUUCCUACAUGUGUUGCCUUUUUAUUCACUUUUAUUCACAUUGCCAUGGAUGCUUAAUUCAGCCAUUUCACACAUCUCCACCAAAAUAACUCACCCAGACUAAGCAUUUGUGAGUAAUGGAGACUUUCCUUAAGACCCUGGUAAGGAUCAUAAUGCUCAUUGCAGAGCAAGAAUCUCUGUAUCCAUAUUAGCCAUUUUUGCUUUCAAAAUCCUUUUUCGCUAUCCAGUCACCCUGGGUUGCUAUUUGGAUUUUUUCCCAUCCAGCUGCCGGCAUUCUACCUCACUGACUCCCUUCCCAUCUUUUGGAUUAUUUCGUAAGAAUUUGAAUUCAUUUCCCUUUAUAAUUUAAAGCACUUCAGCUUUCUUUAGUUUCCAUUCCUCAAACUUAAUCAAGAUGCUCAGCAGAUAAAAAGACCUUCUUUCUAAUUCUAAAAGAAUAUAGUAGUGAUUACCGAGUGCAAAUAAAACAAUUGGUAUGUGUUUAUUUUCCCUAGGAUAAUGGCUCAAAUCAGGGUUGAGAUGAUGACUGAUUAUGAGGGCAGAGACUAUGGUCUCCAGGGCCUAGUUCACUACUUGGCAUAUAGCAGCAUGCGGUAAAUAUUUUUAGAAGAUAAUUAUUGAAUUCGGAGACUCUUUGAUGAAUAUUGGGAUAAAUGACCAGCAAUUUAGUAGUUUGUAGUGAUGCCAUGGGGUAGAAAAUGAUGAAGGCUGAUUUCACAUCUGUAUUUCUUCAGCAUUUGGUUAUGCUUGUUAUAAAACAAAUUAACAAGUAUCACUGCCCGUUUUGGUUAUUUUACAAUAUGGCUGUGUGUUCUGAUAACGAUUGUGAUGAAAAAUUGGAGAAAUAAUAACAUUUUUCUGAAAUAAUAGGAUAACAAAAUUAAAAUAAUGGUGGGAAAUUAACACAGAAACGAGAAGAGUAAGAUGGAGAAAGUAAAUUAACGUUGUACUGAACUCCUAUUAUCAGCCUCUUUAAAAAGCGGUGUUUAAGUAGUAAUCUCUUAAAGUCCUCAUUAUAACCCAGAUAGUAUUUCCCUAUUUUACAGAUGUGGAACUUGACGUUGACAGUGGUUUGCUAACGAGUGAAGGGGAAGAGGGAGCACUAGAACCCCAGCCAUCCUAAAUCCUUGUCAUACUGCUGCACUUGAAGACUAGAGGUAUCUCUUCUAAUUAUGCGUUAUAAGAAGUCAGUAGAAAGCAUUAAAGGCAGAUUUUGCGACCUGACACAAACUUGCCUGAAUCCUUUGCAAUCGAGGACCGCGGCGAGCAGCUAAGGAGCUCCUAGAUGAUCGAUCCUCUCCGAGAGCUUUGCGUGCGCGUGCCCGAGAUGGUAACGCCCACCGCACGCCGCCGUAGUGCUCCGUCGCCAUAGCGACUGCCCGUGGCAACCGCGGAGGUCUGAAGGCCCGCAGGCGAGCUCCGGAUUUGGGCCGAGUUCUCAUCUUCUCUUUACUUCUGUGCUGACUGUUUUUUUCCUCCUUCCCUCUUUGCCGCCCUCCCUCCUCUUUCCCCUUCUCUAGAAUCAUGGCGGGCGGAACCGGGGACGUUCGGAAGCUUUUCAUCUUCACUACUACUCAGAAUUACUUUGGACUGGUGUCGGAAUCUUGGGACCAGCCGCUGCUGUACAACAGUCCUGAAAUCAACAACUUCUUGGACGACGGGAACCAGAUGCUCCUCAGAGUGCAGCGAUCCGACGUCGGAAUUUCCUUUUCCAAUGUGAUUGAUUUUGCCGACACAAAAGAUAAAGUGCUGGUGUUUUUCAAGCUGCGACCUGAAGUAAUUACUGAUCAGAAUCUACAUAAAAACAUUCUUGUUUCAUCUAUGUUAGAAUCACCUAUAAAUUCCCUUUACCAAGCAGUACGGCAAGUAUUUGCGCCAAUGUUGUUAAAGGAUCAGGAAUGGAGCAGAAACCUUGAUCCCAAACUUCAGAAUCUUUUGAGUGAACUAGAAGCAGGCUUGGGUAUAGUUCUACGAAGAUCAGAUACUAACUUAUCAAAACUGAAAUUUAAGGAAGAUGACACACGAGGUAUUCUUACACCAAGUGAUGAGUUCCAGUUUUGGAUAGAACAAGCUCAUCGUGGAAGUAAACAGAUUAGUAAAGAAAGAGCCAGUUAUUUUAAAGAAUUAUUUGAAACAGUUGCAAGAGAGUUUUAUAACUUGGAUGGUCUGUCCUUACUGGAAGUGGUUGACUUGGUGGAGACAACUCGGGAUGUUGUAGAUGAUGUGUGGAGACAGACAGAACAUGAUCAUUAUCCUGAGUCACGAAUGUUACAUCUCUUAGAUAUUAUAGGUGGCUCCUUUGGAAGAUUUGUUCAGAAAAAGUUGGGAACUUUGAACCUAUGGGAAGAUCCUUAUUAUCUUGUGAAGGAAAAUAUGAAAGCUGGGAUUUCAAUUUGUGAACAGUGGGUUAUUGCCUGUAGUCAUCUAACAGGUCAGGUGUGGCAGCGCUAUGUACCUCAUCUGUGGAAAAGUGAAAAAUAUUUUCCUGAAACACUUGACAAACUUGGCAAACGCCUUGAAGAGGUCUUGGCUCUUAGAACAAUUCGUGAGAAACUUCUCUAUUUUUCACCUGCCAGUGAUGAGAAAAUCAUAUGCUUGGCUCGAGUAUUUGAACCUUUUACUGGCCUGAAUCCUGUGCAAUAUAAUCCAUAUACUGAGCCUUUAUGGAAAGCUGCAGUGUCUCAAUAUGAAAAAAUUAUUGCGCCUGUGGAACAAAAAAUAGCAGGAAAAUUAAAAAAUUAUAUUUCAGAAAUUCAGGAUAGUCCACAGCAGCUUCUUCAAGCAUUUCUGAAAUAUAAAGAGUUGGUGAAGCGUCCAACCAUAAGCAAAGAAUUGAUGCUAGAAAGAGAAACUUUAUUGGCGAGACUUAUGGACUCAGUUAAAGACUUUCGAUUAGAUUUUGAAAACCGAUGCCGUGGAAUUCCUGGUGAUGCAUCUGGACCACUUUCUGGCAAAAACCUUUCAGAAGUUGUCAAUAAUAUAGUUUGGGUUCGUCAGUUGGAAAUGAAGGCAGAUGAUACUAUCAAGAUUGCAGAGGCUCUUUUAUCUGACUUGUCAGGAUUUCGAUCUUUCCAUCGAAGUGCUGAAGAUCUCUUAGACCAGUUUAAACUAUAUGAACAAGAACAAUUUGAUGAUUGGUCCAGGGAUAUUCAAUCUGGCUUGUCUGAUUCCAAAUCCGGUUUGUGUAUUGAGGCUAAUAGUCACAUUAUGGAGUUGGAUCCUAAUGAUGGAUCAUUAAAAGUGCAUUAUUCAGAUCGGUUGGUGAUUCUUCAGAGAGAAGUUCGUCAGCUUUCUGCACUUGGCUUUGUUAUUCCUGCAAAAAUACAGCAAGUUGCAAACAUUGCACAGAAAUUCUGCAAGCAAGCAAUUAUUCUGAAACAAGUGGCACAUUUUUACAAUUCUAUCGAUCAACAAAUGAUUCAAAGUCAGAGACCAAUGAUGUUACAAUCUGCCUUAGCGUUUGAACAGAUAAUUAAGAAUUCAAAAGUAGGAAGUGGGGGAAAGUCACAGAUUACUUGGAAUAAUCCUAAAGAAUUAGAAGGCUACAUCCAAAAACUCCAAAAUGCUGCUGAACGACUUGCCACUGAAAAUAGAAGACUGAGAAAAUGGCACAUUACAUUUUGCGAAAAGGUGGUAGUUCUUAUGGACAUUGAUUUGCUUCGGCAGCAACAGCGGUGGAAAGAUGGAUUACAAGAAUUAAGAACUGGCUUAGCAAGUGUAGAAGCACAGGGAUUCCAAGCAAGUGACAUGCAUGCGUGGAAACAGCACUGGAAUCAUCAACUGUACAAAGCUCUGGAACAUCAGUAUCAGAUGGGCUUAGAAGCACUUAAUGAGAAUCUGCCAGAAAUAAAUAUAGACUUAACAUACAAACAAGGACGAUUACAAUUCAAGCCUCCUUUUGAAGAAAUUCGGGCUAAAUAUUAUAGAGAAAUGAAGAGAUUCAUCGGCAUUCCUAAUCAGUUUAAGGGAGUGGGUGAAGCAGGAGAUGAAUCUAUUUUUUCUAUUAUGAUUGAUAGAAAUGCAAGUGGAUUUCUGACUAUUUUCAGCAAAGCAGAAGAUCUAUUUAGGAGAUUGUCAGCUGUUUUACAUCAACAUAAGGAAUGGAUUGUAAUUGGGCAAGUUGAUAUGGAAGUUCUAGUGGAAAAGCAUCUUUCUACAGUACAUGAUUGGGAGAAAAAUUUUAAAGCACUGAAAAUAAAAGGGAAAGAAGUAGAACGACUUCCAAGUACUGUCAAGGUAGAUUGUUUAAAUAUUAAUUGUAACCCUGUGAAGACUGUGAUUGAUGAUCUCAUCCAGAAGUUAUUUGACGUGCUUGUUCUUUCUUUGAAGAAGUCCAUUCAGGCUCAUUUACAUGAAAUUGAUACAUUCGUUACUGAAGCUAUGGCAGUCUUAACAAUUAUGCCACAAUCUGUGGAAGAGAUAGGUAAUACAAAUUUACAAUAUAGUAAGCUACAAGAACGGAAGCCAGAGAUUUUGCCCUUAUUUCAAGAAGCUGAAGAUAAAAACAGACUUUUACGGACUGUGGCAGGUGGAGGUUUAGAAACAAUUAGUAAUCUGAAAGCUAAGUGGGAUAAAUUUGAGUUGAUGAUGGAAAGUCACCAACUUAUGAUUAAAGAUCAGAUUGAAGUGAUGAAAGGAAAUGUGAAAUCACGUCUUCAGAUCUAUUAUCAAGAACUGGAAAAAUUUAAAGCUCGUUGGGACCAACUAAAGCCUGGUGAUGAUGUUAUUGAAACUGGCCAGCAAAAUACUCUUGAUAAAAGUGCCAAGUCAAUAAAAGAGAAAAAAAUUGAGUUUGAUGAUCUUGAAGUCAUAAGAAAAAAGCUUGUUGAUGAUUGCCAUCAUUUUGGCCUAGAAGAGCCCAACUUCUCCUUGGCAUAUAGCAUCUCUAAGGACAUUGAGAGCUGUGCACAAAUUUGGGCCCUUUAUGAAGAGUUUCAGCAAGGAUUUCAAGAAAUGGCCAAUGAAGAUUGGAUUACUUUUAGGACUAAGACAUACCUGUUUGAGGAAUUUUUGAUGAAUUGGCAUGACAGAUUAAGAAAGGUUGAAGAACAUUCAGUAAUGACGGUGAAAUUACAAUCAGAGGUUGACAAAUAUAAAAUCGCAGUCCCUAUCUUGAAAUAUGUGAGAGGGGAGCAUCUUUCUCCAGAUCACUGGCUUGACCUUUUUCGUCUACUUGGCCUUCCUCGGGGGACUAGUCUAGAUAAAUUACUGUUUGGUGAUCUGCUUAGAGUAGCUGAUACAAUUGUUGCCAAAGCUUCAGACCUUAAAGAUUUAAAUAGUCGUGCACAAGGUGAAGUUACAAUCAGAGAAGCUUUACGAGAACUUGAUCUUUGGGGAGUUGGAGCAGUAUUUACAUUGGUUGAUUAUGAAGACAGCCAAAGUCGAACUAUCAAGCUGAUUAAAGACUGGAAGGAUAUAGUAAAUCAAGUUGGAGAUAAUAGGUGCCUUCUUCAGUCCUUAAAGGAUUCUCCUUAUUAUAAAGGAUUUGAAGAUAAAGUGUCAAUUUGGGAAAGAAAACUUGCAGAGUUAGAUGAGUACCUACAGAAUUUAAACCACAUUCAGAGAAAGUGGGUAUAUUUGGAACCCAUUUUUGGCCGUGGAGCAUUGCCAAAAGAACAGAUGCGCUUCAACAGACUUGAUGAAGAUUUUAGAUCAAUAAUGACUGACAUCAAGAAAGAUAAUAGAGUCACAACGUUAACUACUCAUGCAGGAAUCAGAAAUUCUCUACUAACGAUACUUGAUCAGCUUCAAAGAUGUCAGAAAUCAUUAAAUGAAUUAUUGGAGGAAAAACGCUCAGCAUUCCCAAGAUUUUACUUUAUUGGUGAUGAUGACUUAUUAGAAAUACUGGGCCAGUCUACUAACUCAUCAGUGAUUCAGUCUCACCUUAAGAAACUGUUUGCUGGCAUUAACAGUGUGUGCUUUGAUGAGGAAUCAAAACAUAUAACUGCAAUGAAAUCUUUAGAGGGAGAAGUUGUACCUUUUAAAAACAAAGUUCUUCUGUCAAAUAACGUAGAGACUUGGUUAAAUGAUUUAGCCUUGGAAAUGAAGCAAACUUUGAAAGAGUUGUUGACGGAAUGUGUUACUGCUGGACGAAGUUCUCAAGGUGCAAUUGACCCAUCCUUUUUCCCUUCACAGAUAUUAUGCUUGGCAGAGCAGAUUAAAUUCACUGAAGAUGUAGAAAAUGCCAUCAAAGAUCAUAGUCUUCAUCAGAUUGAAACACAACUGGUGAAUAAGUUAGAGCACUAUACUAACAUUGAUACAAGUUCUGAGGAUCCAGGGAAUACUGAAUCUGGCAUUCUGGAGCUUAAACUUAAAGCACUUAUUCUUGAUAUUAUUCAUAAUAUUGAUGUGGUGAAGCAGUUAAACCAAGUUCAGGUUCAUACAACUGAAGACUGGGCUUGGAAAAAACAAGUUAGAUUCUAUAUGAAAAGCAAUCACACAUGUUACGUUCAAAUGGUGGAUUCUGAACUUCAGUAUACUUAUGAGUACCAGGGUAAUGCUCCCAAGCUGGUUUACACUCCACUGACAGACAAGUGCUACUUAACUCUCACUCAAGCCAUGAAGAUGGGACUUGGAGGAAAUCCGUACGGACCAGCUGGAACUGGAAAAACUGAAUCAGUAAAGGCUUUAGGUGGACUUCUUGGAAGACAAGUUUUAGUUUUUAAUUGUGAUGAGGGCAUCGAUGUGAAGUCAAUGGGACGAAUAUUUGUUGGUUUGGUGAAGUGUGGGGCCUGGGGUUGCUUUGAUGAAUUCAAUAGACUAGAAGAAUCUGUACUGUCAGCAGUUUCUAUGCAAAUCCAGACAAUUCAAGAUGCUUUGAAGAAUCAUAGAACUGUAUGUGAACUGCUUGGCAAGGAGGUAGAAAUAAAUUCUAAUUCUGGAAUUUUUAUCACUAUGAAUCCUGCUGGAAAAGGUUAUGGAGGAAGACAAAAACUGCCUGAUAACCUUAAACAGCUUUUCAGGCCAGUAGCCAUGUCUCGUCCAGACAAUGAGCUUAUUGCAGAAGUUAUUCUCUAUUCAGAAGGCUUUAAAGAUGCUAAGGUGUUGGGCAGAAAAUUGGUAGCUAUCUUCAAUCUAUCCAGAGAACUUUUGACACCUCAGCAACAUUAUGACUGGGGUUUGAGAACUUUGAAGACAGUUCUGAGAGGAAGUGGAAAUCUUCUUAGACAGCUGAAGAAAACUAGUGUUAAACAAAAAGUUAAUGAAAGUCAUAUUGUGGUACAAGCACUGAGGCUUAAUACAAUGUCAAAGUUUACAUUUGCUGAUUGCACUCGGUUUGAUGCACUGAUUAAAGAUGUGUUUCCUGGAAUUGACUUUAAAGAAGUAGAAUAUGAUGAACUGAAUGCUGCAUUAAAGCAAGUCUUUGAGGAGGCCAACUAUGAAAUCAUAUCCAAUCAGAUCAAGAAGGCUUUAGAAUUGUAUGAACAAUUACGCCAGAGGAUGGGAGUUGUUAUUGUUGGUCCAAGUGGUGCUGGAAAAUCAACUCUUUGGAGAAUGUUAAGGGCAGCACUUUGUAAAAUUGGCAAAGUGGUAAAACAAUAUACCAUGAAUCCCAAAGCUAUGCCUAGACAUCAAUUAUUAGGCCAUAUUGACAUGGAUACAAGGGAAUGGUCUGAUGGUGUUUUGACAAAUAGUGCUCGCCAAGUAGUUCGAGAACCUCAAGAUGUCAGCUCAUGGAUAAUCUGUGAUGGUGAUAUUGACCCUGAAUGGAUAGAAUCUCUGAAUUCUGUUCUGGAUGAUAAUCGAUUACUCACUAUGCCCAGUGGAGAAAGGAUUCAGUUUGGCCCAAAUGUUAACUUUGUAUUUGAAACUCAUGAUUUAAGUUGUGCCUCACCAGCCACAAUAUCUAGAAUGGGAAUGAUCUUUCUUAGUGAUGAAGAGACAGAUCUUAAUUCUCUGAUAAAAUCUUGGUUGAGGAACCAGCCUCCUAAAUAUAGAAAUAAUCUUGAAAACUGGAUUGGGGAUUAUUUUGAAAAGGCUUUACAAUGGGUUCUAAAGCAGAAUGACUAUGUGGUAGAAACAAGUUUGGUUGGGACUGUGAUGAAUGGUUUAUCACAUCUCCAUGGAUGCAGAGAUCAUGAUCAAUUUAUUAUUAAUCUCAUAAGGGGGCUGGGUGGAAAUCUGAACAUGAAGUCACGUCUGGAAUUCACCAAAGAGGUUUUUAAUUGGGCACGAGUAUCUCCUCCGGACCCUCACAAACCAAUGGACACCUACUAUGACUUGAGUAGAGGACGAUUAGCAUCUUAUGUGCUGAAGAAGCCAGAAAACUUGUCUGCUGAUGAUUUCAGUAAUAGCCAAACUCUUCCAGUCAUUCAGACUCCUGACAUGCAACGAGGUCUAGAUUAUUUCAAACCUUGGUUAAGUUCUGAUACUAAACAGCCAUUUAUUCUUGUCGGACCAGAAGGAUGUGGCAAAGGGAUGCUGCUCAGGUAUGCCUUUUCCCAACUCCGGUCCACUCAAAUUGCUACAGUUCACUGUAGUGCGCAAACUACUUCUCGGCAUCUCCUGCAGAAACUGAGCCAGACUUGCAUGGUAAUCAGUACUAACACUGGUCGAGUGUAUAGACCAAAAGACUGUGAGAGACUUGUUCUGUACUUAAAAGAUAUCAACCUACCCAAGCUUGAUAAAUGGGGGACCAGUACUUUGGUAGCUUUCCUGCAGCAGGUAUUGACAUAUCAAGGAUUUUAUGAUGAAAAUUUGGAAUGGGUUGGUUUAGAAAAUAUUCAAAUUGUGGCUUCUGUGUCAGCUGGAGGAAGACUGGGAAGACAUAAGCUUACUACCAGAUUUACUUCUAUUGUUCGUCUUUGUGCUGUAGAUUACCCAGAAAGAGAGCAAUUACAGACAAUUUAUGGAGCAUAUCUGAAACCAGUUCUACAUAAAAAUCUGAAGAAUCAUACUAUUUGGGGUUCUUCAUCAAAAAUUUAUCUCUUAGCAGGAUCUAUGGUACAAGUGUAUGAACAGGUGCGGGCCAAAUUUACAGUUGAUGAUUAUAGCCACUAUUUCUUUACUCCUUGCAUCCUUACCCAGUGGGUUCUUGGCUUAUUCAGAUAUGAUUUAGAAGGAGGAUCCUCAAACCAUACUCUAGCUUACGUAUUAGAAAUUGUGGCAUAUGAAGCGCGGCGCUUAUUUCGUGACAAAAUUGUUGGUGCAAAGGAACUUCAUUUAUUUGACAGUAUUUUAACAUCAGUGUUUCAAGGAGACUGGGGCUCAGAUGUACUAGACAAUAUGGCAGAUAAUUUCUAUGUUACAUGGGGAGCUCAACAUAAUUCAGGAAUAAGGUCAGCCCCAGGACAACCUUUGCCUCCACAUGGAAAACCACUUGGAAAACUAAAUUCUGCAGAUCUUAAGGAUGUUAUUAAAAAGGGUCUUAUUCAUUAUGGACGAGAUAACCAGAAUUUAGAUAUUUUACUUUUCCAAGAAGUCCUGGAAUAUGUGUCUAGGAUAGACAGAGUGCUGAGUUUUCCUGGAGGUUCACUUCUGUUAGCCGGAUGCAGUGGUGUAGGUCGUCGGACCAUCACUUCUUUAGUCAGUCAUAUGCAUGGAGCAGUGCUGUUUUCACCAAAGAUUUCCAGGGGAUAUGAACUGAAGCAGUUCAAAAUUGAUCUCAAACAUGUGCUACAUCUUGCAGGUAUUGAAGCACAACAAGUAGUUUUACUUCUUGAGGAUUAUCAGUUUGUACAUCCUACAUUUUUGGAGAUGAUCAAUAGCCUUUUGUCUUCAGGUGAAGUUCCUGGACUCUACACUCUUGAAGAAUUAGAGCCCUUGCUGUUGCCUCUUAAAGAUCAGGCUUCACAGGAUGGUUUUUUUGGACCAGUCUUCAAUUACUUCACAUAUAGAAUUCAACAAAACUUGCAUAUUGUCUUGAUAAUGGAUUCUGCAAAUUUAAACUUCAUAAUAAACUGUGAGAGUAAUCCUGCUUUGCAUAAGAAAUGCCAGGUGUUGUGGAUGGAGGGUUGGUCACAUAGCAGUAUGAAGAAAAUACCUGAAAUGUUAUUCAGUGAAACAGAUGGUGAAGAAAAAUAUAGCGACAAAAAAAGAAAAGAAGAAAAGAAAAAAAACUCAGUUGAUCCUGAUUUUCUAAAAUCAUUUUUAUUAAUCCACGAGUCUUGUAAAGCAUAUGGUGCUACACCAAGCCGCUAUAUGACCUUUUUACGUGUGUAUUCUGCCAUUAAUAGCAGCAAGAGAAAGGAAUUAUUAAAAAGACAAAGUCAUUUGCAGGCUGGUGUAUCUAAACUAAAUGAAGCUAAAGCUCUCGUGGAUGAACUGAACAGAAAAGCCGGAGAACAAAGUGUAUUACUUAAAACUAAGCAAGAUGAAGCAGAUUCUGCUCUUCAAGAGAUCACAGUAUCAAUGCAGGAUGCUAGUGAACAAAAGACAGAACUUGAAAGACUAAAGCACAGAAUAGCAGAAGAAGUCAUUAAAAUUGAAGAAAGGAAAAACAAAAUUGAUGAUGAAUUAAAAGAAGUACAGCCUCUAGUCAAUGAAGCUAAACUAGCAGUUGGAAACAUUAAGCAAGAAUCUCUUUCAGAAAUUCGUUCACUGCGUAUGCCACCUGAUGUAAUCAGGGACAUUCUUGAAGGAGUUUUAAGAAUAAUGGGUAUCUUUGAUACAUCUUGGGUGAGCAUGAAAAGUUUCCUUGCAAAGAGAGGUGUGAGAGAAGACAUAGCAACCUUUGAUGCACGAAAUAUUCCAAAGGAAAUAAGAGAGAGUGUUGAAGAACUUCUUUUUAAAAAUAAAGGAUCUUUUGAUCCAAAGAAUGCCAAGCGUGCCAGUACCGCAGCUGCUCCUUUAGCUGCCUGGGUUAAAGCCAAUGUCCAGUACUCCCAUGUCUUGGAACGAAUUCAGCCUUUGGAAACUGAACAGGCAGGAUUAGAAUCAAAUUUGCGGAAAACUGAAGACAGAAAAAGGAAACUAGAGGAGCUUCUUAAUUCUGUUGGUCAAACAGUGUCAGAACUCAAAGAAAAAUUUCAGAGCAGGACUUCAGAAGCUGCCAAACUUGAAGCUGAAGUAAGCAAAGCACAAGAAACAAUUAAAGCUGCAGAAGUCUUGAUUAAUCAGCUUGACAGAGAACACAAGAGAUGGAAUGCGCAGGUUACAGAGAUAACAGAGGAAUUAGCUACUCUUCCUAAAAGAGCUCAGCUAGCUGCUGCAUUUAUUACAUAUCUUUCUGCUGCUCCUGAGGGUCUGAGAAAAACCUGUUUGGUAGAAUGGACCAAGUCAGCUGGUCUUGAAAAAUUUGAUCUGAGGAGGUUUCUUUGUACUGAAAGUGAACAGUUAAUUUGGAAAAGUGAAGGCCUACCAUCAGAUGACCUUUCCAUAGAAAAUGCUCUUGUUAUCUUGCAGAGUCGAGUUUGCCCAUUUCUUGUAGACCCUUCUUCCCAAGCUACAGAAUGGUUAAAGACACAUUUGAAAGACUCACAUUUGGAAGUUAUUAACCAGCAGGAUAGUAACUUUAUCACAGCUCUUGAGUUGGCAGUACGUUUUGGGAAAACCCUUAUUAUACAAGAAAUGGAUGGUAUAGAACCUGUUCUUUAUCCAUUAUUGAGACGAGAUCUGGUUGCUCAAGGACCACGUUAUGUGGUACAAAUAGGUGACAAAAUUAUCGACUACAAUGAAGAAUUUCGCCUUUUUUUGUCAACAAGAAACCCAAAUCCCUUUAUUCCACCGGAUGCAGCUUCCAUCGUUACUGAGGUUAACUUUACUACAACAAGAAGUGGAUUACGAGGACAGCUUUUGGCAUUAACUAUUCAGCAUGAGAAACCUGAUUUAGAGGACCAGAAAACAAAACUAUUACAACAGGAGGAAGAUAAGAAAAUACAGUUAGCUAAGCUUGAAGAAUCUCUUUUAGAGACACUUGCCACAUCUCAAGGCAAUAUUUUGGAAAAUAAGGAUUUGAUUGAAUCUUUGAAUCAGACAAAAGCAAGCAGUGCACUUAUUCAGGAGUCACUUAAAGAAUCUUACAAACUCCAAAUUUCUCUUGAUCAAGAGCGGGAUGCCUAUCUCCCUCUGGCUGAGAGUGCCAGCAAGAUGUACUUCAUUAUCUCUGACUUGUCAAAAAUUAAUAACAUGUACCGUUUUAGUUUGGCUGCAUUUCUCCGACUUUUCCAGCGAGCUCUGCAAAACAAACAGGAUUCUGAAAAUACAGAACAGAGGAUUCAGUCUCUCAUCAACUCAUUAAAACAUAUGGUAUAUGAAUAUAUAUGCCGUUGCCUAUUUAAGGCUGAUCAGUUGAUGUUCGCUUUGCAUUUCGUUCGAGGCAUGCAUCCUGAACUUUUUCAAGAAAAUGAAUGGGAUACAUUUACAGGUGUGGUUGUUGGAGACAUGUUGCGGAAAGCUGACUCUCAACAAAGAAUACGUGAUCAACUUCCAUCUUGGAUUGAUCAGGAAAGAAGCUGGGCAGUGGCAACAUUAAAGAUUGUUCUCCCCAGUCUUUAUCAGACCCUCUGUUUUGAAGAUGUAGCUUUGUGGCAUACUUAUUAUCAUAAUUCAAUGUGUGAGCAAGAGUUUCCAUCUAUUCUUGCAAAGAAAGUUUCCUUAUUUCAGCAGGUUCUUGUGGUACAGGCUCUCAGACCAGACAGAUUGCAAAGUGCCAUGACUCUAUUUGCAUGUAAAACUCUGGGACUGAAAGAGUUGUCCCCACCUCCUCUAAAUCUCAAACGUUUAUACAAAGAGACACUAGAAAUUGAACCCAUAUUGAUAAUCAUUUCCCCGGGUGCUGAUCCUUCUCAGGAACUCCAAGAACUUGCUAAUGCUGAGAGAAGUGGAGAGUGUUAUCAUCAGGUUGCCAUGGGUCAAGGCCAAGCUGAUUUAGCAGUUCAAAUGCUAAAAGAAUGUGCCCGAAAUGGAGACUGGCUCUGUUUGAAGAACUUACAUCUUGUGGUAUCUUGGCUGCCAGUUCUGGAAAAGGAAUUGAAUAUUCUUCAACCUAAAGAUACCUUUCGUCUUUGGCUCACUGCAGAAGUUCAUCCCAACUUUACUCCAGUUUUAUUACAGUCAAGUUUGAAGAUAACAUAUGAGUCACCUCCAGGUUUGAAGAAAAAUUUAAUGCGUACUUACGAAUCUUGGACUUCUGAGCAAAUUAGCAAAAAAGAUAAUAUACAUCGAGCUCAUGCUCUCUUCAGUUUUGCUUGGUUUCAUGCUGCAUGCCAAGAAAGAAGAAAUUACAUUCCACAGGGUUGGACCAAGUUUUAUGAGUUUUCUUUAUCAGAUCUUCGGGCUGGUUACAGCAUUAUUGACAGACUCUUCGAUGGUACCAAAGAUGUACAAUGGGAAUUUGUACAUGGUUUGCUAGAAAAUGCUAUUUAUGGAGGACGUAUAGAUAACUAUUUUGACCUUAGAGUUCUUCAGUCAUACCUGAAACAGUUUUUUAAUUCUUCAAUAAUUGAUGUAUUAAACCAAAGGAACAAGAAAAGCAUUUUUCCGUACUCCAUAUAUCUACCAAAAUCCUGCAGCAUUUUGGACUAUCGUGCCGUCAUUGAAAAACUUCCAGAGGAUGACAAACCUAGUUUCUUUGGUCUACCUGCCAAUAUUGCUCGUUCAUCUCAGCGUAUGAUCAGUUCUCAGGUUAUUUCACAGUUGAGGAUCUUGGGCAGAUCAGUAACAGCUGGUAGCAAAUUUGAUAGAGAAAUCUGGUCUAAUGAACUUUCUCCUGUCCUCAAUCUCUGGAAGAAAUUAAACCAGAAUUCAAACCUGAUUCAUCAGAAAGUGUUGCCUCCUAAUGAUCGACAAGGAUCUCCAAUAUUAUCAUUCAUCAUUCUUGAACAAUUUAAUGCCAUUCGCUUAGUACAAAGUGUUCAUCAGUCUCUUGCCGCUCUCAGCAAAGUCAUCAGAGGAGCCACCUUACUGAGUUCAGAAGUACAGAAAUUGGCAAGUGCUUUAUUAAACCAAAAGUGUCCUCUCACAUGGCAAAGCAAGUGGGAAGGUCCAGAAGAUCCUUUACAAUACCUUAGAGGUCUUGUAGCUCGUGCCCUUGCAAUACAGAACUGGGUAGAGAGAGCUGAAAACCAGACUCUUCUCUCCGAUACACUUGACCUAUCAGAACUCUUCCACCCAGACACAUUUCUGAAUGCGCUUCGCCAGGAAACUGCAAGGGCUGUGGUCUGCUCUGUGGAUAGCCUUAAAUUUGUGGCCUCAUGGAAAGGUCGACUGCAAGAAGCAAAGCUGCAAAUUAAGAUCAGUGGCUUAUUACUGGAAGGAUGCAGUUUUGAUGGAAAUCGACUUUCUGAAAAUCAGCAUGAUUCUCCUAGUGUAUCAUCAGUUCUCCCUUGUUUUAUGGGCUGGAUUCCACAGGGCGCAUAUGGUCCAUAUUCCCCUGAUGAGUGCAUAUCUUUGCCUGUUUACACAAGUGCUGAAAGGGAUCGUGUGGUGAUCAAUAUCGACAUUCCAUGUGGGGGCAGCCAAGAUCAGUGGAUUCAGUGUGGAGCAGCUCUAUUUCUCAAAAAUCAGUAGAACCUAAUGACAAUAAAAGCUGUCUUAGCCAAAAGAAACAUUUAUUAUUUAAGCUUUAAAUAAAAUAUGUGGUCAGUCCACAUUUGAAGUGUUAGUUCAGAAUAUUAGCAUGUAGCUGUCCUGUGUUGUUUAUCUCAUUGUGUUUUUAUUUUAAUGGGUAAUGACAGCACCCUGUACCUUUUAAAGUAAUAACUUAAUGGAGUCAAUGUUAAAAUAGCAUAUUCCCUUUAUAAUAUUAAGUAUUUCUGUGAGGCAGUUCACUUUUCCAGUGGCUCAAAAAUUUAAUGUUUUAGCUAAGAGUUUUUAAAUAGUGUAUUUAAGGAAUCAGUAAUAAAUAUUUUGGCU